AUGCACGCGUUGUUUGGGGAACAGAGUCAUUAUGCGUAUCGCAGCGGAGCAACUGGAGGCUAUUCGGCCGGUGUCACACCAUAUGCAUAUGAACAAUACCGGUAUGGCUAUGGACCACCCUAUCUCCAUCCUCACCAACAGCACGUUGGAACUCCUAAAGACAUGGUUAAACCCCCAUAUUCUUAUAUCGCCCUUAUUGCUAUGGCGAUACAAAAUGCACCCGAUCGACGAAUUACGCUCAAUGGAAUUUAUCAAUUUAUAAUGGAACGUUUUCCGUAUUAUAGAGAAAACAAACAGGGUUGGCAGAAUUCAAUUAGGCAUAAUUUAAGUUUAAACGAGUGUUUUGUCAAAGUGGCAAGGGACGAUAAAAAACCGGGUAAAGGAAGCUACUGGACCUUAGAUCCCGAUUCCUACAAUAUGUUCGACAAUGGAUCUUAUUUAAGGCGGCGACGUCGUUUUAAGAAAAAAGAUGCACUAAAAGAAAAGGAAGAGGCACUAAAACGUCAACAACAGCUACAGCAAGCUCAAGAGGCUCUGGCAGCGCAAGAGGCUCUUAGUAGUGCAGACGCUUUAGGGCCAGCUCGAGAUGUCAAACCUGACGUAAAACCGCGUAUUUUCGAAUGUAGACCAAAACGAGAACCAGGUUCUGAUUGUUCUAGAUAUGAUAAAUUGACAGAACCAAUGGAUGAGUUUAAUGAACCGCGAUUACCACCAUCGGCUGUUUAUUGUUCUCCUCAGCCAUACUCAUUAGCAGCCGAAGAAUUUCGAGCGGCCACAACUGGAUGGUACGCUGCACCCGAGCCACCCGCUGAACAACUGCCACCGGCUUUCCGAGAUCUGUUUGAGCCCCCCAGUUGUCAAUUAGCGGGAUUCCGUGGGGGUUCACCAGUGCCUGAUACGUAUCGCGCCUCUCCGCCUCCUCAUCACCACUACCGUACACAAGCUCCUUCUUACUACCAUCAUCAAGCGUGCGUAGCUGCUGCACCGUCAUCCGCCCAUAAAUCCUAC